ACUGAAGAAGUAAACGUCCUUGUAUAUAAAAUUCUACUUAUUAAAUAUAAUGUAAAUCUUAUAAUCAGAUAAAAAUAUCAAUUUACGAUUGCUAAUAUAAACUGUACUUUGUUCGUUGGCUACAAUUACGUGUUUACUCACAAUAAACAUUAAUACUAUGCAUUUAGACGUAUAAAAAUGUUUAAGAAAUUAUGUUUUAUUUUAAUAUUGUGCAUUUUAGCGUUUAAAUGCUUAGCAUAUGAAGAUGAUUUUGAAGACACCAGCCAGCAAUUGAAUGAAUUAAUAGAAUUUAUGACUCCAAAAGUAAUUUGUGAUUAUGAUACAGAAAACUGCGAACUAGAAGAUAGCAAUGAAAUUAUAGAAGAAGAAGAAGAAGAGGAGGAGGAGGAGAAUGAUGAAGAAGAAAGAGAAGAAAUUGAGGAAAUGUUUGAUUACCCGGAUCAGGAUUAUCAUCCUAUUGAUGAUAUAUUUAAAACACAAUAUUUUAAAGAAGAAACUGUUUUUCACGAUCCAAUAUCAAAUUCUCAAGACGUUAAUACUGAUGAAGAUUAUCAGGCAAUUGACGAGAGGAAUCAAUUUAUCCAAAGCGAUCCUAUUGAAGUAUAUCCUACUGAUACGGAAUGUUUUGUAGCAGAACAAGAGAACAGAAUCAAUUACAUAAAGAAAGUACGCCAAAAUUCAAAAAAAAGAAAAAUUUUAAGAAAAAAGAAAAAGCACAUAAAAUUAUUAAAAAAUUGCUGCAUAAAAGGGAAGAAAAUUGGAAAUAAGCCUAAGGUUUAUGAUUCUGAUAACUUGUUUCAUGCCUGUAGAAAAUUAUCCAGAUUUCAUUAUCCUACAUUAUCUCAGCAUUGUAGAUGGGCAAUUAAUAAUUGUUGCGAAAAUAAAGCAUUAAGGUAAGAAUUUACACUCAAUGUUGCAGAAUUUUUCUGAUAAUUCGUACUUGCCUUUU